GCAUCGCAUCGCUCUAUACGAGGUUUGGCCGUUCAUUGCCUUGUCAGCUGCCUCGCGCUCGCAGUUGCAGAACAGAGUGCUUAAAAGCGUCAACAGACUAGAUGAACUACUAUCAAAGCGCCCGCGCAGAUAGCCAUAUGGUACUAGACGCUGAGACGCUUGACCAAGUCUACGAACCAAACAGUCGAAGUUGCAGUUGAGUGAAAGAUGAUGAAACGAUACUCAUAUUAGAUUACCCCCAUGUAUGAUAGGUAUCUAGGUACCGGUAGUCUGAUAAUGCGAUCAGGCAAGCCACUCAAGUGUGUGGCAUUGAGGGGUGAUGGAGGACAAACCAUUUCUCAUCCAUGUUCUUCACCUCUACAUCACGGUAAUAACUUCCAGUUCGAAACAAUCAUCUUAAAUGCCGCUAACCAUGGUGACGAUGAGAGUACUACCGCCACCAUGGAUGACUAGAGCUGCUGUUAAAAGGGCAGAUACGCUCAACAAGAUCCGUCCCGAAUGGAGACUCAGUUCUCAAGAUCUUGCUAGAGCCGAAAAUCAGAGAGACCUCACAGGGUCCUUCAUUCAACAAUUACUCGAGGCCGAUGAGAUUUCGAUCAUCAUGACAGACAGUACCCAACUGGUCGAGGGCAUUAGAGAGGCUAGGUUGACAGCUGUCCAGGUCACAAGAGCUUUCUGUAAGACUGCUGCUAUUGCCCACCAGAUCAAUAACUGCCUCCAUGAAAUAUUCUUCGAUGAAGCGCUCGAACGAGCAGCUUGGCUCGAUGCACAUUUCGUCAAGAAUCAGUCCACUGUUGGGCCACUACAUGGACUACCGAUCAGCUUGAAAGACCAGUUUCAUGUCAAAGGUGUUGACACUACAAUGGGCUAUAUUGGCUGGAUUGGUAGUAACUUAGGCAUCUCUGAUCCGAAGCAAGUCCAUCAAAUCGAGAGCCAGAUUACCACUGAACUCUUAUCUCUUGGCGCAGUCUUAUACUGCAAAACUAGUCUGCCACAGACGCUGCUACUCGGCGAGACCAAAAACAAUCUGAUCGGCGAGACGCUGAAUCCAAACAACCGGCACCUAUCGUGCGGUGGCUCUUCAGGCGGUGAGGGUGCAUUGCAGGCACUUCGAGGCAGCAGUCUCGGUCUCGGCACAGAUAUAGGAGGCUCUGUGCGAAUACCCGCUGCUUUCAACGGAAUAUACUCCUUAAAACCCACUCCAGAGAGACUUUCAUAUCGCUGUGUCGCGAAUAACAACCCCGGGGAGAAUACGUAUCGCUCCACAGUAGGCAUUUUGAGUACUUCCCUAGGGGGUCUGGAUCUGUUACUACGCGCAAACCUCUCUACCAAACCAUGGCUCAGGGACCCAGCGGUAGUCCCCAUACCAUUUCGGAAUGAAAUAGUGAGAGAGUACGAACUACGUGCCAACCCUGACGGCACUGCUAACAGUGCUAUGCCAUUGAAAUUGGGCGUGUUAUGGACAGAUGGUGCUGCUCAGCCUCAUCCACCUAUAACCCGUGGAUUGAAGAUUGUCGUGGAAGCGAUGCGAAGUGCCGGACAUAAGGUUGUAGACUGGAACCCGCCGGACCAGACCAUAGGAAUAGGAAUUCAUUUGGCUUUCUUGCAUGCUGAUGGAGCGCACGAUAUUCAUGAACAGCUCGCCCUCUCGGGUGAACCACUUAUCCCAGACUUGCAGGAGUCUUUUAAGCUUAAAAGGCCGAUGGAUCUACUGCGGUAUCAAGACCUAACACUAAAAGGCCUUCAGUACGAGACAGAAUACUCUGAUUACUGGAAUUCUACAGCUGAGGAAGAUGGCCAAAUCGUCGACGCUGUCAUCAUGCCUGUGGCACCUCAUGCCGCUGUCAUCCCUGGAAAGUAUUAUCAUACCGGUUACACGGAAGUCAUCAAUCUACUGAAUUAUAGCGCUGUUGUUAUCCCCGUGACUAGAGCAGAUAAACAUAUCGACAUCCUCGAUGAUUCAUACCAACCUUCAAACGAGUUAGACCAAAAGAACUGGGAAGCUUAUGACCCAGAGAUAUACGAUGGUGGGCCAGUUGGCUUACAGAUCGUGGCACGCAAAUUCGAGGAGGAGAAAGUUCUUUCGAUCGCUAGGAUCAUUGUCUCCGCAAUGGAAACAUGGAAAGCGAUGAAGAGGGCUACAUUCUCAGCUGAUGACAGGACUGGCGAAGCUUAAUAAAUGCCACACUUUUCUAUGCCGACAUGAUUCAAAUAUGCAGGUUACGAACUUGGUGAAAAGGUCGCUAUAACGUACAGCAUAUUCAGACUACCUUUAACGUAAUUAUUAUUGUUUAACAAUGGCAUAUUUGGAUUAUUCCUUGCCGGUCGCCGAGCAAGUGUUCCCUUACAUUCGCUUAUCGGCAAUGUUCGCCUAGGCGUUAGCCCCAAUUACUCGCACACCAUGGGCAGCUAUAAUUGGUAAUAUUGACAUUGCUAGGCGAGGCUGUCCGUUGUUGGAACUAGGCGACUUGGCGGGAACUCGAUAGUAGGACGGCGAUGCUGAACUAAACGAGCCUCGAUGGAAUGGACCUCCACCUUCGUGGACCUAUAUGUUAAAACCAUAUAUAGGAUUCGCUUUUUUGCAUCGUGUGUGCCUGGGUCUGGUCCCUGGUAAUUAAAGGCUAAUCUCUACUAGUUAUAUAUCGCGUCGCUCUGGG